CGCGGGACCGGGGCCUCAGCGGCUUCUUCGGCGAGUUCGACACGUCCCAGCGCAACGUCAUCUCCGCGCCCUACUUUGCCCUCAUGCGCCGCGCGCGCGUCGUCGUGACCUGCAACCCGGGCGACUGGGAGGGCGACUUCCGGACCUGGGAGGCCGUCGCGUCCGGCGCCUUGGUGUUCAUGGACCGCCACUACGCGCCCAUGCCCCACGCCUUCGUCGACGGCGACGACGCGUAUAUCUACGACAACGGCGACGGGCCCGCGUUCAAGGCGCGGCUCGGCGGCGCGCUCGCGCCGGCCAACGCGUCGCGGACCGCGGAGGCGGGAGAAAGAGGCCUCCGGAAGGCGCUCCGCCACCACCGCGCGGUGUCGCGCGUCGACUGGCUCCUCCGGUCCGCCCUCGCGCAGCAUCCCAAGUCGGGGCCGUUCCGCGCGCCGGGCUUCGACGAGCCCGAGCUCGGCCACGCGCUCCUGGCCCGGGCGCUCGCGGACCCGCCGCCGCGGACGCGCGUCCGCGCGCCCCCGCCGACGAAGGCGCAGAUCGCCGAGCUGCGUUCGGCGCUCUUCCUCCACCCGGACGGCCGCGUCUUCGAGGGCAAGCGCGCGACGACGGCGGCCCUCGCCUUCUCGAAGACGGGCGUCUAUAAAAUGCCUUCAAGGCGGCUCGACGCCUGCGCGAACCACGCGUGCCUCGUCGCCGGCGGCGCCUGCCGCUGGAUCGGCGAGCGCUGCGGCUUCCGCGCGGCGACCUGGGCGCCGCUCGCGUGCCCCGUGCGCGUCGCGGCCGUCGCCUGCGGCGGCCGGGACCAGGGCGGCGCCUUCAGCCGGAGCUUCGUGCUCCUGCUCGACGUCGCGGGCCGGUGCUACGCGACGGGAGAGAACGGCCACGGCCAGCUCGGCGUCGGCGACACGGACGACCGCGACGACCUCGUGCCCCUCGACCUCAAGGGCGUCCUCGCGACGCAGCUCGCGGCGUCGAGCGACUGGGCCGGCCUCGCGGAUCGGUCCGUCUACACGUGGGGCCGCGGCCGGCGGACGCUGGGCCUCGGCGGCCCGCCGGGCAGAGACGUGCUCCGGCCCACCAAGGUGCCGGACCUCGGCCGCGUCGUGGCCCUGGCCGCGGGCGAGCGCCACGCCGUGGCUUUGGACGUCGACGGCGGCGUGCUCACGUGGGGCGUCGACGACGGCCACGGCGUCCUGGGCCGGCCGCUGACGGGCCACAAGGCGGACCGCGUCUUCCCGCUGUCGCGCCGCGUCGACGGGCCCUGGCUCGUCGACGACGUCUCCCGCGCCGAGGGGCGGCCCGCGGCGCUCGCGCUGCCCGAGGGCGCCAAGGUCGUCGCCGCGGCCGCGGGCGGCCUCCACACCGUGCUCGUGACGGCGUCGGGCGGCCUCCUGGGCUUCGGGGCGAACAACCACGGCCAGCUCGGCGUCUCGCGCCAGGGCCACCUCGACUUCGACGCGCCGGACUACGUCGACGGCGCGGACGGCGUCGUCGCGGCCGCCGCGCGCGGCCACGGGACCGUCUUCCUCGGCCGCGACGGGUCCGUCAGGGCCCUCGGCGCGUUCCAGCCCGUCCGGAGCCGGCGGCCGACGGCGCUCGACGCGGGCGGCCGGGCGACGGCCGUCGCCGCGACCGUCGACGCGGUCUACGUCCAGCUCGCCGACGCCGUCGUCGCCUUCGGCGGGGGCGCGCCGCCGGCGCUGCGCCUCGGCGCGGCCUUUCCGGCGCCGGCCGCGACCGCCGUCGCCGGCGACCGCGCGAAGCGCGCCCGGCCCGCCCGGGACGCCUUCGCGGGCGUGCUGGAGAACGAGGGCAACGUGACCGCCAUCCUCGGCUUCUCCGGAUACCGGAGCGUGCUCGUCCUCGAGGCGCUCAACCGCCGCGCGCGGCGCGUCGUCCGCGGCGCGAACGUCCAGCUCGACGUGUCGCGCGAGGCGGACCUCACGGUCGCGGUCCGCACGGCGGCGCGGGCCGAGCUGCUCGCCGCGCGGCGCGCGGGCGUCGCCGACUGCGACCAGAUCAUCUUCUUCUCGACGCGGCAGGAGCAGAAGCCGAUCGACGUCGUCUGCCGCGGCGGCUCGACGCUGCUGCUCUCGCCGCCCCCGCCCGCGUCCGUCGACGGGUUCCGCGGCGCGGACGCGGACGCGACGCGCUCGACGCUGGCCGCCGCGGCGGGGGUCCGGCACCGCAAGGCGCUCCUGUCGCUCGGCCACGUCUCCGUCGAGCUCGGCCCGGAGGGCGGCUCCGCCCAGCUCCGGUCUCAGAUCCGCAACUUGCAGAAGAUCACGCACCCCGCCUCGGCGGCCGCGCCCGAGGACGCGAAGAAGCUCGUGGACGCGAUGGGCGGCGAGCUCGCGGUGCCGCGGCGCGUCGCGCUCGCGGCCGGCCGCCGCCCGGUGCAUCCGCAGCGGCGCAACGGCGCGCGGUCGGACCUCGACGCCGCGAUGCGUCGGGCCGCGUCUCUGUCGGCCGUCCUCGACGAGGCCACGAUGCAGCGCAUCGUCGUCUUCGCCUGGAAGGCCAUCUCCCAUCACGGCUGGGGCUUCCUGUCCGAGGCCGUCUUCCUCGAGGAGGUCUGCGGGCCGGCCGGCGCCGUCGGCGCCAAGGGCGCCGCGGUCUGGCAGGAGGCGUUGAGCGGCGCGCUCCUGCCCUUCACGCCGGUCGUCCUUCCCGAGGACGUCGCCAUGACAGAUGCGCACGUCGGCCGCCGCGACCGCGGCGCGGGCGGCGGGGACCCGAUGUUCGGACCGCCGGGCACGCGCGCGCGGGGCUUCGGCGACGUGCGCACCGGCGACGUCGCGGCGCUCGGCGUCUUCAACUGGCUCUGGCCCGCGGUGACGGGCUACGCCCUGACGUCGCUCGCGCGCGACGCGGCGACCUGCUUCUCGAACUCGCACUUCAUCGCGGCGACGACCUUCGAGCGCUUCGUCGUCUACCAAAACGACGCGAGCUUCGACAACGACCUCGGCAUUUGGAGCGUGGCGCUCGCGGUCCUCAAAGAUCUCAUGAGCCGGCGCGAUGGGGAGGCGACGAGUGAGCCCGGCCGGCGCCGCGGGUCGGAGGCGAUCCGAAGUCUCCUGCAGCCCGAUCGCUUCCGGGCGCUCGCCGCCGGCGACGCGGUCGACUUCGAGACACAGGGCAAUCCGGAAAUGCUUCGCAGCUUUGAGCUCUCCUGGGUCCGCGGCUCGGUCGUCAGCCUCACGGACGAAAAGGCCGUCGUCCGCUCUGGCGACACUACCGAGGUCGACAUCUACCUCGGCCGCCUGCGGCUCGUCGAAGAGAAGCCUUCCCCGGCGAUCGUGCUGCUGGCGCACGCGAUCGGAGAUCAUCGGCACGACAUCGUGCGCGAGAUCCUCGCGUCGCCGCUGAUGACUUCACCGUGCUCCUACACC